AGACAAAUAAAUUACUGUAUGUGAAUAACCGUUAAAAACUGAAGCCCAGAGGUUUUCAGUUAGAUAAGAAUGGAAGAGGUGGAGACACGUAAGCAAGUAUACUAGUUUUGAUUUUUUGCACCUUUUUCCACUUUUCAAAUAGAGCCCACCAAUGUUGUCAACUUCCUCUCCCCAACCUGAAUUCCUUUUUAUAAAUAAACGCUUUACAUAUUGAGUAAUUCUUACAUACCCUUCCUCCAUCUUCAAAAAAUGGCUCUAACACUUCGUUCUUCAAUUUCUUUUAUUAAUCAGAAAGAAACCAAAGUUCUUAAAACUUGGGAUGAUGCCCCUGCAAUAGUCAGUUUUGCAAAGUCUAAGCCAUCGUUCCGUAUCCGAGCAAAGAAUACCAUACAAGAAGCACAUCACACACACGAGAACAGCUUAAAUUCUGAAGUAAGGAUCAACGAGAUAUGGGAGCAGGUGCAUGCUCCAUCAGUUGUUCAUGAUCACAAUUAUUCAAAGAGAGUACCUGUGUUUGUGAUGCUGCCACUAGAUACGGUAACAAUGGGAGGGAACUUGAAUAAGCCUAGAGCAAUGAAUGCAAGUUUGAUGGCCCUGAAGAGUGCAGGAGUUGAAGGGGUAAUGGUGGAUGCUUGGUGGGGUUUGGUGGAAAAAGAUGGGCCAUUGAAGUACAACUGGGAGCCCUAUGCUGAGCUGGUGCAGAUGGUACAAAUGCAUGGUUUGAAGCUUCAAGUUGUUAUGUCUUUCCAUCAGUGUGGAGGGAAUGUCGGAGACAACUGCAGUAUUCCUCUACCGCCGUGGGUGCUGGAAGAAAUCAGCAAGAACCCUGACCUGGUUUACACAGACAGAUCAGGGAGGAGGAACCCUGAGUACAUCUCCUUGGGCUGUGAUUCAGUUCCUGUUCUAAGAGGAAGGACCCCCCUCCAAGUUUACGCUGACUACAUGAGGAGCUUUCGUGACACAUUCAGAGAUUACUUAGGCAGUGUUAUCGUGGAAAUACAAGUGGGGAUGGGUCCUUGUGGAGAGCUGAGAUAUCCAUCUUAUCCAGAGACCAAUGGAACAUGGAGGUUUCCCGGAAUUGGAGAGUUCCAAUGUUAUGACAAGUAUAUGAAAGCGUCCUUGGCAGCAGCAGCCGAGGCCAUUGGAAAGAAAGAAUGGGGAGGAAGUGGGCCCCAUGACUCUGGCCAGUACAAUCAAUUUCCUGAGGAUACUGGAUUUUUCAGAAGGGAAGGAACGUGGAACUCUGAAUAUGGACGGUUCUUUCUGGAAUGGUACUCCAAUAAAUUGAUGGAACACGGCGAGAGGAUCCUUGUAUCUGCCAAAGGAAUAUUCCAAACAUCUGGGGCGAAAUUAUCUGGGAAAAUUGCUGGAAUCCACUGGCAUUAUAGAGCAAGGUCUCACGCAGCUGAACUAACUGCUGGCUACUAUAAUACACGAUAUAAUGAUGGAUAUCUGCCAAUAGCCAGAAUGCUGGCAAAGCAUGGAGUCACCUUCAAUUUCACCUGCAUGGAAAUGAAAGACAGAGAGCAGCCCGAUUUUGCUAACUGCUCACCUGAAGGGUUAGUUCACCAGGUAAAGAUGACAACAACAACAGCUAGAGCAGAACUUGCUGGGGAAAAUGCAUUGGAGAGAUAUGAUGCAGAUGCAUAUGCUCAAGUUUUGUCAACAAGUAGGUCAGACGCUGGCAAUGGAUUGACUGCAUUUACAUAUCUAAGAAUGAAUAAGAAGUUGUUUGAAGGUGACAAUUGGAGACACCUAGUGGAAUUUGUAAGAAGCAUGUCUGAAGGUGGUCAUAGACAAAGACUUCCAGACUCUGAUUCCCAUGGGAGUGAUCUUUAUGUUGGGCACAUCAAGGGAACUCAGAAGCACACGCAAGAGGCUGCUCUGGUGUGAACGAGUAUAGUUAAAGAAAAAGGCUGAUCUUUGUGUUCAAGUGUCAUGGUGUAUAGUUUAAAGCAUCAUAAGAUUUUUUUUUUAUAGAAAAAGGGAAGAAGCUAAAAAAGUGGAGAAAUGAGUUAGAAUUAUGAUGUGUAUAGACAGAAUACUGGCAUAUGCCAAUGCUUUGAGAUGAUCGAGAGAAGAUAUUAUUUUAUUUUAUUUUAUGUUAAUGUAUAUAACUCCAACUAUAAAGGAGAAAAACAUUAUCUGCUGACGUUAUAUACCCAAUUAUACUGAUAUUGAACUCUAUUCAGUAUUUACCAUUUCUAUGUUGAUUGGUUAAUCCCUGGAAACACAUCUACAGAAACUCAAUAAUGUCGUUGGUUUCUCUCAAUAUGUUACAUCUGUAUAAAGUAAACUAAUGUCAAAGUGUUGAAAGAGAAAAAUCUC